AUGCAGGAGGUGGUGGUGGAGGUGGAGGUGGCGGAGAAGGGGGGGGUGGAGGUGGGGGUGGCGGUGGAGGAGGAGGAGGAGGGGGAGAAAAUUGCGGCGGCGGUGGGGGAUUCACAUUCUGCUGAGAUUCAACAAUGGUCGUUGAUUGCAGCAAGAUUGCCGGGUCGAACAGACAAUGAGGUAAAGAACUACUGGAACUAUCAUUUGAGCAAGAAGGUAUCAGACACGGGAGUAUUAGUUGCAGGGUUUUCAGACAAAGAAACUAAAGUUGAGGACUCGAAUGCAAAUUCUAGUAGUAAAAGUAGCAGGAGCAGCAGUGGUUUUGAGGACUCAAAUGCAAAUUCUAAAGUCAAUGAUGAUGACUUCUUUGAUUUCUCAAAUGAGAGUCCUUCAACACUAAGUUUCUCGAAUUUGGUAGCCAUUGAGUCGGUGGCCGAGCCAGAAUUUUAUUUUCCCGGUGAACAAAUAUAUACAAUAAAAGUAAUAUAG